GCGUCGUUGGUUUCUAGGCCGAGCUUUCGACGUCCUCUCUGACGUCAUCUUCAGGGCUUCCGGGGUCUCAGUCUCCUGAGGCUCCAGACACUACACUCACUACUCACUACUUCACUACUCACUGCAAUACUGUUGUUGCUGACGCUGGGGCGGUCCCCAUUAAUAUUCUUGAACUCCUAAGUGGAGCAUAGAGCUCCAGUGAAAACGCGCCAUCGGGUUCUAUUUUGCGCUAGGGCCUUCACCUUAUUCCGAGACUUUCCUUGACUUCUUAUCUCGUCCAUGAUGGAUCUUCUCCAAGUUUGUGCUGGGCGACCUCUUUUUCUUUUUCCUUGGGGAUUCCACUCUAGGGCAGUUUUUGCUAUACUGGAACUAUCUUUUCGGAGUGUGUGACCUAUCCACCCCCACUUUCUGAUUUUAGUUAUUUUUAGUAAAAUGAUUUUCACCCCCGAGAAAGGAUGGUAUCCACCCUCAAGGUAAAGGCGCAAGGUGGCAUCAUGUCACCUUUGUUUCUUGAGGUAUUGUCUAACUACUCACCGAUUUUCGUGAAAAUCGGUGAAGGUUCACCAAAAUUUAAGGUAAUGGUUGAUUUUUACCUUCAGUGACUGCACUGUACAAAAAUAAUUGCAAUUUAAUGAUCUAAAUGCGCGUAUUUUGGAAGCCCAUAAAUUAUUAAACGAUAUGUAGUCGCCAAAUAAUUAAUUUAAUUCGAUAUGUAGUUUUAAGUACAAUUCUCUCUUAAGCCGGGACGAUGGGGUGGUUUUCUUGCGAAGGGGUUGCAGCUCAAUAAUCAAAAUGCACGUGAUUUAACAGUUUAUUCUUAGAAUAUAAUAUAAGCUAUACGAAUUAUAUCCGCGAUACGAUAUAUUUUAAAUUUUCUCAGCAUUUUUCUCUUAAGUUAAAUCAAUUAAAGGGUUGUUUGGGGGUGAAGGGAAUGAGCUCAAAAAUCUAAACUAUAUCACUUCGAGAGCUCAUAAAUAGCUCGUAAUUCUGCCGCAAAGAUCGACUCAAUAUCCCUAUUUUUAAGGUAGUGGGUAGGGACUGACUCAGCCCCACUAAAAUGUUAAAUUCCUGCUCAGUGUAACGAGCUCAAAAUUUUUAAUUUGCGGAAUAUGAAAGCUCAUAAAUCAGCAUUAUUUGUUUUUUAAUUUUUGCAAGUAGGGGGCGGGGGGCAGCUCAACCCGGGUUCUAUUGUGCUGUUCACUGUUGUGUUGUGACAGCGGUUCUCCUUGUUUUAAGCGACUGCUGAUUUCAAUCGAUUCUAACAGUUUGUUAACCGUCCGUACCCUCAAUCUACAUCUAUUUACACAUAUCGAGCUGGAUAAGAUUUUUGGAACUGAAAGCUCUGACAUUGUAUUCCACAUAUGAUUCCUUUUAAUGCUGUCGUACGCUUGUCGGUAAUAGGUAUAUGAAAAUAUUCUGGAUAGUAGUAUUUAAUUCCCAUUAUUUUUCUAGAAGCUACCUUAGAGUGAAAAUCUGAUCUAUGGUCGAUCUAUUUUUUCUGAAUCAGGGCCCGGAUUACGUACACUCGAUACGCAUCGUAUCCGCCAUGUUUUCCCAUAAGGCGCUACAGUAAAACAUGGCGGAUACGAUGCGUAUCGAGUGUACGUAAUCCGGGCCCAGGUUUGGUAUUCUCCUGAAAUUUUCUAUACAGAAGGUGUUAGCCUAUUUAAUCCUAUGAUUACAGCACUCGUUUUUAUGGCCCUUUUGAUGGAAUAAUUAUACUUUGAUGCCAUUUUGUUGGUAUUUUUUUUAUUGGUUUUUGCUUAUUAUGUUGUAAAUAAUAAAUGUAUCCAUAACUUUGUACUAAUUUCUCUAGAAGAAUCUAUUCUGCGAUGGGUGAUCGACACAUUUUCUACUAUAUACUUCCUUCUUCCUCUCUUUUUUGCGCUUUAUUAACAAUGUUUAUCCAUGAAUUUCUAGGUUAUCCAAAUAAGAUUAAUGAAGAAGGAAUAGCGUACUACCGAAAGCUCAUCAAAGAACUGAGAGCCAAUGAUAUAGAACCCUUAGUAACCAUCUCCAAUUGGGACCUACCUCUGACUCUUGAAAAGCUGGAAGGUUUUCAGAACUCAGAUAUACAACACUGGUUCUCUGAUUACGCCCGAGUACUCUUUCAGAACUUUGGAGAAAAAGUUAAAUACUGGAUCACUUUCAAUAAACCGAGGCAGACUUGUAUGGGUGGAUACGGUUACAGGUACUAUCCACCCGCUGUUCAUUCUGAGGGACUUCUUGAAUAUACCUGUGCCCAUAAUUUGCUCAAAGCUCACGCUAGAGCCUGGCAUGUAUAUGAUGAAGAAUUUAGACCUACUCAGAACGGAAAAAUAUCCAUUGUUCUUGAUACAAGCGCUUAUGUGCCAGCUUCGGAUAGCCAAGAAGAUAAAGUUGCAGCAGAUACAAAGUUUCAGUUCGAGGUAAAGUGAUUAAAGAAAAAAUUGUGAAUAUAGAUCAGCAAUUCUGUUCUGGUGAACAGAAUAUAUCUUAAUGUACGUAUCCAUUACGUUGGUGCUCAGUGCUCCGUGUGGAUACGGCAUGCGCUCCUCUACAUAUAUAGCAACAGCCACCGAUUGGUUCGCCGAGGGUCGAGAUUGCCCGGAGCGGUGUAGUUCAGAGAAAUAAGGAAAAAAAUAUCCUGUUGGUGACACAACCCCCUCCAGGCCGAAACCAAAUUUUUUGAGUAGUAUGGACAUCUAUAAUAAUAACCUAUCCGCUGGGAGCGUUAACUUUGACACAUGGUCACGUGGUACACUGUGGCUGUUUGUGGGACGAUCUUAUGUGUAUUCCUUAUGGGUGAAUUGCAAAAACAAGAGAUUAUUUAAAUUAUUACUACUACUUUUGUACAAUUGUAUCAAUAAAUCAUAAGAAAUUUGCUAUAAAUAAUAUAUAUGGUAGAAAAUGUCUGAUAUAAUACAUAAAUAUAAUUUCAAUAUACAAACUUAGGAAGAGAUUUUUAAGUUAACAGCCGAAAUGUGAGGUUACGACUGUCAAGAAGGAGAAAGGACUUCAUAAAUGUAAACAAAAGUUGCAAAGCCAGAAUUUGCCCAAUCUCAAAGCCUUUUUAAUUCCUAUAAAGUUGAAAUGUUGCUUCCUCUGCAGCUUUUUCUGCUUAAGUAUAGUGUUUUUAACAUAAUACCACCAUAAUUCGGUCUUAAAUUUCUAUGAAAUAUAGUUCUUUAGUGAUAUUCACCAAGCAAAGUUUACAAACUUUUGUGAACCAUUCUAUUUUGUAUAAUAAAAAUGGUAAUGUGCUUUGCCCCGGAUUGUACACAAUAUUGAGAAAGAGGGAUAUGUGAUAUGUAGAUUCUUUCUUGUUCCCCAAGAUCUGGUUAAAAAGAAGACAUUGAUUUCAUUACUAAGGUAAGAAAAUAUAGUGAAGAGAAAGAACUGAAUUUAUCGUUUUAUAAUUAUUGAUUCACAGACGGAAAGAUAGGGAACCAUCUGUCUAUUCUUUGUUGGUUUGCUCUUGCCAUUUUCUGAAUUCUGACCAACAAAAUGGCCCAAUAAUUUUUGAGCACAACAAAGCCAAAGGUUUUUUGACGGACAAUCAACCUUUACAUCCAAAUUAAAAGACUAAAGUAAAUAAUUUUUCCACCUACCUCUACCGAAAGUAUACUUUUCCGGACCUGAUUGUAGGGAGCAAAGUUGUACUUUUCCUCCCUAGGGAGGAAAAUAUUUUUCCUCCCUAGGGAGGAAAAGUGAAAGUGACGUCAUGGUAUUUCAUUCAUGAAAUAUAACUUAUUGACGCCCUGUACAAUAUCUAUUUUCUAUUACGUAAGUAUCUAUAGAUUUUAACGUUUAUUUAAAAACACUCUGUAUUUUGCAGAAUGGUAAAAAACAGUAGAUUGUUAUUCUGAUUUAACAAUGUUUACAUUAAUAAUUUGACUUAUAUUUGACAGUUGACAG